CGAUUUAUUAAUUUAUUUUUGGGCACAAUAAUUAUUGCCUUUGUACUUUAAAACUGUUUAGUAAGUUACUCUAAAAAGUGUUAAAAUAAUUUCUUUGAGUUGGUAAAUUGUUAUUGGGACAUAGCUUCAGUUCGUUGUAUUUUGCAACACAUCGAAAUAUUGCUUUGGUAUGAUAACAAAAGAUACAAAAAUGCAACUUUCCGUCGCUAAAUGUCCUUCUUCGUCACAUGUGUACUUUUUGUAUUAACAAGACAUGAACGCUAGUAAUCGCAGAAGUCGGGGUACGUAUACGUAACUGUGUAGAAUUGUGGUUUUUAGGUUUGUGACGUCACGACGACUGCGGGACGUUAUUUACAGUGUAAAGUUGGGUAGUAAAAUGUUUGAUUGUUUUUGCCAAUGAGUGGGAAGAGAUUCGCCGCAUAGUGGUGAAGGUACGAUUCGCGGCGGAGCGGUUUGGUCCCGCUAGGAUGGGCGGCGAUGUCUGCCCCCUCCGACAGCGCGACGAGCCCCUCGCCGUGUGCCUGCACUAAUAUAUCGCUUAUGCAAUUGUUCCAUGAGCUAAAGCAGAAGUUCCCCGGCGUACCCGACCAUGUUGUGUCCAACACUAUCGAGUUAUACUGUCACGACAAGCAAGCCUGCGAGACUCACCUCCACAGCGAAGUCAAGGCCUCCCUAACGCACGCCUACCAUGCCUCUUCGUCUGCCGCGGCGCGCCAGCUUAACGAGCUCAAGCUCAACCCGCCAUCUAAGUGUCGUAAUCAACCCAUAGUCAAGCAUGAGAUUGCCAAGUCGACGCCAAUUCAGUCCAUCACUUGCCAAGGGCCACAGACUGCGAUCAUUAGCUCCAAUGAUUUCGAUGACGGUGACAAGAAGGUAAACACUGAUGCCAACCAGAAUGUUGUGGAAACAGUAGAAGAAACCCCAAGGAGCAACAACAACACAUCUCCUAUUACCAUCAACCUUGACAACUGCUUUGCCAAGUAUAGUGUUGAGUCUCCAAGUGACUUGGAAUUAACAAAUGAAAAUGUAAAGGAGGAAAGACCUACAACUGAUAGUGCACCUCUUGAUAAGAACUUGGAACAACCAGAGAGCACAAAUUACAGAAUACUUAAAAGCAACAAGAUAAAAAGCAAUCUACAUGAGAGAUUAGAGAAAGGAAAGGAGAAGAAGACAAUAAAAAAGGAGGAGCCCGAAGACAAAAAGGAGCCUGAACCGAAACCGGAACAUCAAGAAAAACCGAAACGUCCAAACACACUUGACUUUAUCAAACCAAACCCAGAUAUUGCAUUUAAACAGACACUAAAAGAGCCAGAACCUGACGUGAGCCAUACAGUUUCCCCCGUUCCUUCACUGAAACAUGAAAGUCAAAGUGCGAAACCCAGCCCGCUGUACCGACAAGAGCGAGUGUAUCCGCUGAAUUUAUCAGUGAACGUGAAUUGUCAUAUGGACUUGAGUCGCGCGUAUGACGAUCCAUGGUUAGAGGAUUACGAUAGUCCGAGAGCUAUAACAUCAGUGAAUUUGACCGUUUGUACGCCGACUUCCAGCAUGGCGAGUCCGGUUCGUGAUUCCCGCGGGGGUGAGGACGAGGGGGGUUUCGAGGGGCACGUGACGGUGACGGUGAGUCCGAGCACGGCGCGGCCGCCGAGACGCCGCGCGCCCCCGCCGCCGUCGCAGCCGUCCCGGAUUGAGACUCCUCGGCCGGCCAGAUCAGCGCCUGAGCCCCCAGGAUCUACACCAGAUCGUUCCCUCAUCGAACGCCAGAAGCAGCGGCUCGAUUGUCUAGUCAAAGCACUAUCCCAGGAGAAGGGCCAUCUGGCGCAGCUGAAGCGGGAAACUCAGAUCUUGGCCGCGCCGCUCCCGCCGCCGUCUGCCACGCAGAAGUUGAGAGAAUACGUCGAACUGCUGCGAGACCAGUGCGAUACCAUGGCUAAGAGGCUAGAAAUGACCGGGAACGUGCGAGAACGGGAGAGGGAGCGAGACGACUCCGGCAAUUUCUACAGCAACAUCUACACCGGGCAGCAGCCGUCGGCCUCCUGGCAGUGCCACCUCUGCACCUUCCGCAACCACCCGCUACUCAACAAGUGCGAGCAAUGCGAGAUGCCCCGGAUCGUAGGUACGCCCCCACCCAGAACGCAGGACUCGGGAUUCGGGUCCUUCCGAGACUCCUCCCGAUCCAUCCGCUCCAACAAACAACUAACCAACACAGACACCGACCUCGAAGACUUUCUCAGUGCCUUACCAAAACUCAACUGCUAAACCCGAGUUCCUCUAUGCCUAUGUGUUAAGUGUUCAGUGAUUUUUCAGUGUUUACCGAGUGCCUGACUUUUAAACUUUUAAACUUUCAAGUGUCCGAUUGAGGCUAAUUUUGAAGACUUUGAAACAUGCUUAGCGUUGUAACCCUGGCAUGUUUGUGAAUGCAUUAACUUUCUAAGGAAAUGCCAACGGAAACGGACUAUUAUUGUUGGAUUUUCUUUGUAUAAGUUAUUUAUAGUUUUAUAUGUCAAUGUAACCUGUUUGAGUACUUGUUGAGUGUUCAAGCUGGAUCUUUGCAUGUGUGUUGUUAUAUUUGACUUCAUUAACAAUCUUUAUUUCUGAGUUAAGAGUUACUACAGGCAGCAUUCCAAAUAAGUAUAGGUGAUAAAGGUCGCCACUUGACGCGAGUGUUGUUGAAGAUAUAUUUACAAAGGCUUUUACAUCGCAACUAACGAGUAGCAUAUAAGGUUAUAUGAAAUCAUAUUAUUGGAAUGCUGCUUUGUGCCUUUUGUACAUAAAUCUUUAUAGUAGGCAUAAAUUACUUUAUUCCUUUUAUUUUAUUCAUAGGCUAGGUUGAAAUUAUUUUGUGAAAUUAUUAGCUACAUAAAUGGAAAUAACUAUUUAUUGUUUAUAUUCUUAAUAUUAUAAGAGGAAAUUAAAACAUCACUUGUUGACUGGUCAAAUUGUGGGACAUCACACGAUCUCAUCUAAAAGACUACUAUCGCGCCUUGCCAAAAAUCUUGUAUAAAUUAUUUAAUUGCCUGUUAAAAUUUUAAUCUGCUCAACAAGACCGUUUUGCUCACGAUAAAGUAUUUUCAAAAUAUUUAUUUUACAAUAAUAUUCAGGUUAACGUGUAUCUGGCAAUACUUCGUUUGUCUCGUAUUUAUUAACGGCGAUGAAUUUUCGUUUUUCGCCACCGUAAACACACUUGUUUCGCCAAUGUCACGUGCGAGGCUUUUUUACACGGUAGCAAGUGAGAAAAUUAAUUAAAAUGAAACUAUGCGAUUCAACACUUAAACUUGUUUCAGAUUCGAUUAUUCUUUUUUUUUAUGAAGUAAUUACAAUAAGAUACUAUUUUAUCAAAAUAUUUUCAAUUCUCAAAGAUUUCUUACAAUCAUUUUAUAACUAUAAUAAUUUCAAGCAUUCUUCACAAGUGUACUUAUCAAAGUUAACUUCAUGGGAUUAGAGGUAUUCUAUUUAAGAAUUAUUCUAAAGACUUUGUGGUUUUCAUACAGGUGUAAUAAUUGCUCUAUUUUAUCGAAUUUAACUGUGAUAGGCAAGGCAAUUUGUCUUUCCAUCUUUUAAACUUCUAGAUACAUAAAUUAUUGUUUAAAUUUUGUUUUAUUUAAGGUUUUGUAGAUUUACAAUUAAGUAUAAUAAGGAUGGAAUUAUUCCGCAAUAUUGUUAAAAUUAAAUGUCCUGAGUUUUAAAUAUUUAUUAAAAGUUAAAGCUUAUAGGAAAAAGUAUUUUCGUUAGUAAUUUCGUCUUCCGCACAAUGAAAUCAAUACGUUUGUGUGCACAAAUGAAACAUUUUGAAAUUUUACGGUAGCUAUUUUAUAGAAAAAUAACAGUCAUACACAUGAUUUUAAAUUCUU